UUCCCACUCGGCCCCGCUCCCCUGCCUCGUCGCCUCUCCCUGACUCCCUCGCCCACCGCCUCCCCCUUCCCGGUCUCCGCCUCUCACCUUCUCGCUACACAAACACACCUCCUGAUUGGAUCAAUUCGGCUUUCCGUCUCCGGCUGAUCCACGGAGCCGCGCUGCCGAGCGGAAUCGUCACCUGAUUUGGCGAGACUAGCAGAUAUUUGUAAAGUAAUGGCUCAUGAUGAAGCUGUGGCUACCCAGAAGACUGGAAACACAGCAUCGUCUCCAAAGGAUCAACCAGCUCCUUCUCCAUAUCCUGAUUGGUCAACCAUGCAGGCAUACUAUGGCCACGGUGUCUUGCCACCAACAUAUUUUGCUCCAGCAAUAGCUCCAGGUCAUCCACCGCCAUAUAUGUGGGGUCCUCAGCCUCUAAUGCCACACCCUUUUGGGACACCAUAUGCUGCAAUGUACCCACAUGGUGCAGCUUACCCACACCCCCUUGUACCCAUGGUAUCAAAUCCAUUGAGCGUGGAGCAAACCAAGUCUGCAAACAGUAAGGAGAAAAGUUCCAGUAAGAAACUUAAAGAAAUUGAUCGGACUGCAGUAUCUGCUGGCAGCGGUAACAGUAAAAGAACAAUGUCAUCCAGUGAAGAUUACAGUGCAGAGGGCUCCAGCGAUGUAAACGAUCAGAAGGUGAACAAAACUUCCAGGAAACGGAGCUUAGUUGAUGGACCUGGUGCUGAAACAUCUGAAGCCGCAAAGCUGGCAAAUACAGCCAUCCUGCCACAUCACUGCUUUCCAGCUCCAGUAAUUAAGCCCAGCGCUACAAAUGUUGCUAACUCAAGGGCAAUGGGUGCAACGAUAUCUCCAUCUCCUGGUGUGAUUGUUCCGCCUCAUACUGGAGGACCAACUGACUUAUCAAUCAAGGAUGAGAGGGAACUGAAGCGAGAAAAGAGGAAGCAAUCAAAUAGAGAAUCUGCUAGACGAUCAAGACUGAGAAAACAGGCUGAGACAGAGGAGCUGGCUACGCAAGUGGAGUCUCUUACAGCAGAAAACACAUCCCUUAGAUCUGAAAUCGGCAGGCUAACAGAGAGUUCGGACAAACUAAGAUUCGAGAAUUCCGCUCUGAUGGUGAAGCUGAAGGACACUGCAGCGCCGACCCCUGCAGAACCAUCUCCGAACAAAGCAGCCACAUCCUCGUCCUCUCCCGGCGCCGCCGCCGCGGAGAAUUUCCUGUCGAUGAUUGACAGCACGAACGCGCCGGGCGUCAGCCGGCACACGGAGCACGGCGAGCCCAAGCUCCGGCAGCUCCUCGACUCCAAUCCGUCGACAGAUGUUGCCGCCGUAAGCUAACGCUGAUCUACGGUAUCUCUUUCCCCUGGCACGGAGAGGCCGGCUAAUACAACACAUGCAUGUGGCCUGGGGAUGUCGGCAUGUCGCCAGCUCAUGCUGCUCACCAUAACAUCAUCAGCGUUACAGUGUACUAGGAGGCAUUGAUUCCAGUAUAGCAUUGAGAACACUGGUAACUUUCCUGCUCCAGUGUAGUCGCUGGCAGGGGUUCUUGAUCAUGUACCCGUGUGUUAGUUUUGUUGUGAGCUUCUAGCAGUGUUGCGCUGCAUGCCAACCUGAAAAACUUCGAGACCGUCCUUUGGACCAUUUCCGGUGCAAUAACAAAAUACAGAUUUGAGCUUGUAACAA